AUGAGUAAUAUUAAUCAAGGAUUUGUAGCUGUUCAUGUAGGAGCAGGUCGACAUUCAGAAGCUCUUAAAGAAAAAUAUCAAAAACUAUGUCGUCAAGCAUGUAAAGCUGGUAUACAGAAUUUAAAAACUGGUGGUAGUUCAUUAGAUGCUGUAGUAGAAACUGUAAUGAUACUAGAAAAUUCUCCUUUAACCAAUGCUGGAUUUGGUUCCAAUCUUACAUUGGAAGGAGUAGUAGAAUGUGAUGCAAGUGUUAUGGAUGGUACUACAUUACAGUUUGGUGCAGUUGGUGCAGUUAGUGGAAUAAAAAAUCCUGUUUUAUUAGCAAAACGACUUUGUGAAUAUCAAUCAAUUAAAAUCGCAUAUGGUAGAAUUCCACCAAGUUUUUUAGUUGGAAAUGGUGCACAUUUAUGGGCACAAGAAAUGGGAAUACAAACUUUACCUCCAGAACAAUUAAUUUCAACAAAAGCGCAGAAAAUGUAUAAACAUUACAAAAAAAAAAUAGAAAAUUCUAAUACAGAAAUUCACAAGUGUACUAAGCAAAGAAUGGACACAGUUGGAGCAAUAUGUGUUGAUAAAGAAGGAAAUAUUGCUGGAGCUUGUUCUAGUGGUGGUAUUAUUCUAAAACAUCCAGGAAGAGUGGGACAGGCAGGAAUGUGGGGAUGUGGUACAUGGGCACAUAAAAACAAAUAUUCUAUAGGAACAAGCACAUCAGGCUGUGGAGAACAUCUUAUUCGGACUUUACUAGCACGAACAGUUGCAGAAGCUAUAUCAGAUAGUUCUUGUCCUAUUACCAACUUAUAUCAUUCCAUGAAAACUGAUUUUAUCGAUUCAAAAUUUUUAUAUGACCUUGAACAAAAACUUGGAGGUGUUAUUGCUAUUCGAUAUGCACCUCAAGAAGGAUUAGGAGAUUUCCUUUGGAGUCAUUCUACAAAUUCAAUGAUAAUAGGUUACAUGAAUUCAAAUGAACAAACACCAAUGAGUCACAUGGCUGUUCUUCCAUCUCAUGAAGUUGGCAAAAAAGCAAUUGUUGAAGGAAUUUGUUUUAAGAUUACAUGAUAUGUCAAUAAUUUUAUGACUUGUGCAAGACAAUAUAUAAGAAAUAGUUCACAUACAUCUCUUUAUAAAAUAUCAAAAAUUAUUUAUUAUUACCAUGUAGGACAUAAUAGUCAAAUGAAAACCACUUAAUAUAGCAAUUUUUCAUACACAGUAUUGCAUAAGUAACAUAAACAAAAUAAAUGUCAAAUUUUAUAAAAUACAACACACACAUACACACAUAGCCGAGAAUACGGUUAAAUAACAUGUAUAAACAAAAAAAAAAGAAAUU